CAAAUAAUUUAAUAAAAAUGUUAAUGCGUCAUGUAUGCUUGUACUGUAAAGCAGGAGUUGAAUUGUAAUUUUAUAACCUUAAUUGUUUAUUUAUAUUAUUCAUAAAGUAAAUUGGUUAUAAAGCAUAUUUGUUAUCAUUGGAUCGUUAAAGAAAGUGAAAAUGCCUACUGUGUUAGCCUUAGAUGUUUCUCUGUCGAUGCGAAGACCGGUUGUUGGGGCAAAUGUUGGCGAAGGCUUACAAGCCGAGCAGUUGACUAGACAUCACUUGGCCAUUCAAGGCAUAAGUACUAUUCUGCAUUAUUUGCAAAGCCACUCAAAACUUGAAUUUGUUGCCUUGAUUGCAUUUUCAUCGCUGUACGAGGUUAUAUGUCCAUUUACUAGAGACUACGAUUUGAUAAGAUCAAAAUUACAGAAUAUAGAGGAGUGCGAUAAAACUUGCAUAGAGUCAGCCUUACACGGCAUAAAUAAUGUGAUAAUUUCAGAGUGGGGCAGUAGCACGGCUUGUCAAGUUAUCUUAAUUACCGAUGGUAAUCCAGGCGUUGGGUCAAUGUCCUUAGGGGAUUCGUUAAAUUCUCUUAAUUUUUCAAGAGAUGCAAAUCCUUUUCCAUUACCAUUUAUAUAUCCUGGCAAACUGAGUCUUGUUUGUUUAGCGAAUCAGUCGGAUCCAAACUUGAUAAGUUCCAUACCUCUGUAUCAAAAGCUAGUGGAUUUGGCUGGAAACGAUAGUAUGCUUUUAGUACCCGAAGGGCAAUUGUCAAAAUUGUCCGUUACAAACUGUUUUAGAAAACUAGUCGAAACAAAUUAUGUUUCGUUUCAAGGAUAUUUAAAAUGUGGCCAUCUUGGAUCUCGUAUAUUAUUAUCGCCACCACCGAUGCCUUAUACUAAAAAAUUAGACUUUGAUAUACUGACGGGCCUGUGCGUUUCAAAAACUAUCGAGAUAUGUGGCUUUAUAUCAGUAGCGGACGUUGGUAGUCCUACAUCGAUAUCGAGACAUUUAGUUCUGCCAUUACUUACUGAGAAAACGUCGAGUAUGCAAGGUAUUUCCUUGGAAGACGAUUCUGAUAUAGAAGAUGUAAGCGACGAAGGCAAAAUACCAUCGUUUUGUGUCUUAUUACAUGGGGCAUUAAAGGUGGAAAAUAUGGCGGCUUUGUGUUUAUUAAACACAGAUUGGUAUGGAUUUAUUUAUUCGUGGGCUGAUACUAAAAAGAAAUCUAAUUUAAUGCUGACCGUACUGGAACAUGGCACGGACGUAGUUCCCUGGCUUGGAAAUUUUCGCAAUUUAGGCCCCGUUGAUGCUGCAAAUAAAAAUGGAGAAAUAGCUAAUUUUCCUGUCAGACCUGCGGAGAAGAGAAGCUAUUCCCAGAAUGCCCCGUCAUGGAUAAGACAAAUUGGACUGCAAUCGGACAUUCAAAAAAUUCUCAGGCACGCAAGAAAACUACCAGAAAAAACUCAAAACUUUUACAAAGAACUCAAUAGACUUCGUAGGGCAGCUCUAUCAUUAGGUUUUAUCGAGUUGUUGGAAGGAUUGGCAUUAAUUUUUGAAAGAGAAUGCACGUUAUUACCACCAAACUUACAUCCUGAUUGUACCAUUCAAAUGGGACACGUUGCUGAAAUGUUAAGAAAACCAUACUCGCGCGAGCUAAAAAAUAACAUAACACCAGUUAGGACGAAAUUUACUCCUGGAGAAUAGUAGAUUAUGUU